GGAUGAGACCCUUCAGUCUAAUCUUUUCUUUUCUAGUCACCAGUAGUCAAGUGCUACUAAGCAUUCCUCGUCUAUAUUGCAAUUAAGAAGGUUUUUGCAAUUUUCCAUCACAGAUAUGUUGAGAAGAGAAUAAGCAGGAUUUUCUACAUCGACAUUAGCGAUGUUAGACGACGAUUAUCUGGGUCAAGAUUUAUAGUCAUGUGACCCAACAACAACCACUUGCGAUGUGCAACUUCGGGAACGAGUAGCAAUCUGCGAGAGGGACGUUUUUGGAGAGAUCAACUAUUGGAAACAAGAUGCCAUCCCCGAACCGAAGUCGACUGCGGAAAAUUCUGUUUACACUUAUUCGAACUACGGAGCGGAAGAUCCAAGUACGCGGCAGAGGCAGGAAACACAAGAAAGCUCGAGUUACAGAACCAACACGGCUGGAGAUUUAGACGAUCUGAUGAACGUGGUGCCGUCCAAUUUCUCCAACGAUUACGUUGUACAUGUUGAAAAUGAGGAAUCGCCCAACCUCCUUAAAAUUAAGAACUCGACGACACACGCUCCUGAUGCCAUGACUCUCCUUGAAGAAAUCGCGUACCCUCAGAACAUCCACGGGUUCGUGGACUUGACAUCCCACCUAGCAGAACCGCCAGAACAGGAUCGCCCGAACGGUUCCUACCCAUUUUGCUUACAGGUCAGCCCGUUACCGGUUCCGGCCGACGGUUGGACUGGUGGGACGAGGAACAUCUCUGGCAAUUCUGUCCUACAUGAGACCUUGGAGAAUAAUCUUGCCGUUCUUCAUAAAAAGGAACGAGCUCUUCUUUUCACUUCUUGUUUUGUCGCGAAUGAUUCCACAUUAUUCACAUUAGGGAAAACUAUCCCAAAUCUGCAUUUCUUUAACGACGAAGGCAACCAUGCAUCUAUGAUUCAAGGCAUAAGAAACAGCAGGUCUUCUAAAUUCAUAUUCCGCCACAACGAUUUAUCUCAUUUGAACGAACAACUGCAGAAAGUAGAUAAAUCCGGGCCCAAAAUCGUUGCGUUUGAGACAGUUCAUUCCAUGACUGGCGCGAUCUGCCCUUUGAAAGAAUUAUGCAAUAUCACUCACGAUCAUGAUGGUUUGACUUUUAUCGAUGAAGUUCAUGCAGUUGACUUGUAUGGAGAGAACGGGGCUGGUAUAGGAGAAAGGGACAACCUCCUUGAUGAAAUGGAUAUUAUUUCAGGCACUCUUGGAAAAGCGUUUGGAAAUAUUGGAGGCUAUGUUGCCUCUUCGGAAAAACUAAUAGACAUGAUUAGAAGCUAUGCCGCUGGAUUUAUCUUUACUACUUCUUUACCUCCUACAGUUUUGGCAGGGGCAAUAGCCUCGAUUUCAAUUUUGUUUUCAGAUGAAGGAAGGCAGCUGAGAGCGAAGCACAAGGAAAAUGUUGACUACCUGAGAAAUAGGCUGGUAGAGCAGGGCUUUCCAGUUGAAAUGACAAGCUCUCAUAUUAUCCCGAUCCACAUCGGAGACCCCUACAUCUGCUCAAUGCUCUCCGACACGUUGCUCAGACAGAAACGUCACUAUGUCCAAGCGAUAAAUUAUCCCACCGUGCCAAAGAAACUCAGGCUCUCUCCUACACCAUUCCAUUCCCAAAACAUGAUAGACAAUUUUGUCAAAGAUCUAGCUGAAAUAUGGCACCAGCUGGGGCUGUUUCAUGUGUCAUGAGAUCAAUGCAAUAGGAGCAAUACACCCGCAUCACAAAACAAACAAAAAAUUACCACAAACGAUCCAAAAACGGAGCAUCGACGUCCGGCACUCGGCGGGAAAGAUCUCUCCACUACUGCCACAUCUGCAGCAAAGGGUCUAAUGAUAAAUACUCUGUCAACGUCCACAUAAGGACCCACACCGUGAGAAACCCUUCUAUUGUUCCUACUGCGACAAAUGCUUCCGGCGGAAAGCUCAUUUGGCCAAACAUUACUAGACACACUUGAACAGGACAAAAUCCAACUGAGUAUCAUUUUAUAAAUAGACAAGUGUACAUACAUGCUGGGCCAAGAUUUACAGUAAUGGGAUCUACUUUUGGAGCUCUGGAGCCGAAAGAACCCAAAAACAACCACUUGCCGCUCGAACGCAUAUGAAAUAAAGUGAAUCUAUACGCUAAAUGUAUAUAGUUCUGUGAUAAAAGUGUUUUUAUUUUUGGUUUUCUUUAGAUUCGACAUUGUAUUGAUACAUACUUUCAUAAGUUUUUAUAUAAUCAAGUUCUGUUGUAAU